UACGGUUUUUAAUUUCUUCUUCUCGAUUUCCCUUAAAGUCACAGUCAAUCAAUGGCAUCAUCAUCAGCAACAACGGAGCAGAAAAAAAUGCUGAUAUUGAAAUCCUCCGACGGCGAAGAAUUUGAAUUGGAAGAAUCCGUCGCCGUUCAAUGUGGAACCAUCAAAAACAUGGUGGAGGAAGAUUUCAGCCAUAUCCCGCUUCCAAACGUUGAUGCCAAAACCCUAAGCAAAAUUAUGGAAUACAUGAAGAAGCACGCCGAGACUGAUUCGAACGAAGAAGAAAUCAAAGAUUUCGACAAGAAAUUCGUGCAAGGUACCUUCAACGACUUGUAUGAACUUGUACUAGCCGCAAAUUACCUUCACAAUAGUGGUUUGAUGGAUCUCUUGUGCCAGUCGAUUGCCGACAGAAUUAAGAACAAGUCAGUAAAAGCUGUUCGGGAGAUAUUCAAUGUCACUAAUGAUUUCACACCAGAGGAAGAAGCAGAGGUUCGUAAGGAACAUCUGUGGGCGCAUGAAGAAGGACAAUUUGACGAAUCUCUUGAUUAG